CAGUACCCGCGAGCAGCUGAGUGAGUGUGGACCAGGGCCUGCCGCCAGCCCACCUGCCCGCCAGAGCACCUUCACGUCAACGCGUAGCCAUGUCGCCCAGCCUGGUCGGCUACGCCGCGGGCUACGCCCCGGGCUACGCGGCCCCGGUGGCGGCGCACCCGGGUCUGCUGUCGCUGUGGACGGGCUUCCAGUGCCUCGCGCUGGUCCCGGGCGGCGGCGGCGCCCCGGGCAACGUGUGCCACCUGGGCGCCGGGCUGACGCUCACCUCGGCGGACGGCAACGCCAUCGCCGACUCCUUCACCUGCAACAAGAUGCUCAACAAGACGGACCUGGAGAACGAGCCCAUGGUGCGCUUCAGCCUCCCUGACGUGGACCGAGGCUACACCGUCGUGAUGGUGGACCCCGAUAAGGCCGGUCUUCGGUACGGCGAGUUCCAGCUGCUGCAGAUCAAGACCAACAUCCCGGAGAAGGAGCUGUACACUGGAAAGGUGGAGUCCGCGGAGAGCCUGACAGCCUGGAUGAGCCCCUCCGUGCCCGCCGCCCCCGAGGGCUCCGUGGUGCCCACGCUGCACCGCGUGCAGCUCUUCGCCUUCGAGCAGACCGCGGCCAAGGUGAACCUGACGGCGCCCGCGGACCGCAACAUCUUCCACCUCAACAACUGGCUGCACAUGCCCGGCAACGCGGGAAUGCUCUGCGGCCCCGUCGCCGCCCUGCAGGUCCUCGUCGGACCGUGAACCUCCACGUCAACACCACGGCGACGCGGCGCGGAGCCAGGACUUCGAGCCACUUACAGUGGCAGAGCAGUGCUUUUGGCCUGCCUUCCAGGUGACCUAUCCAGUACCCGAGGAGGGGGGGAGACUUACCCCCACUGCCCUCCUGGAUCCGCACACGCAGCAAGCGACGUGCCUUUUUUGACGGGGCUCAAAGAUCCACAUGCCUUUCUCGAGUGAUAGUACCACGUACUCAACCACACGCGACGCAACACUCAUUUUUUCAAAUGGAAUCGAAGAACUUAGUCCGCCAACAUGCAGCCUCGGAGGCAUGUGUGCGUUUGUAAAAGUUCCAACGCACCGACUCUUGUUGUAAAUAAAACUAAGACAGCAUUACAAAGACAAAAUAAAAUUGGAGGAAAAUGCGAG